AUGGGGGUUGUGGAGGGCCUCUACCUAGGAAACAUCCGGGAUUCUGAGGACAGAGAAAAUUUGACAAAGAACAGGGUCACCCACAUCCUGGCUGUGCAUAACAACGCCAGACCUGUGCUGGAGGAUAUGACCUACCUCUGUAUAUCAGUGUCAGAUUCAUCCAGUCAAAACCUGAUCCAGCAUUUUAAGGAGAGCAUCAGGUUCAUUCAUGAAUGCCGGCUCCAUGGGGGAGGCUGCCUCGUUCAUUGCCUGGCUGGAGUUUCCCGCAGCACCACCAUCCUGGUGGCUUACCUUAUGACUGUGACUGACCUCAGCUGGGAGGAGUGUCUGGCUGCCACCAAGGUCGUCCGUUCCUAUGUCAGUCCCAACUUUGGCUUUCAGCAGCAGCUGCAGGAGUAUGAGAGGACUCUGCUCAAGGAGUACCGAGCCUGGGUUCGACAAGAGUAUGGCAAGAAUCCCUUUAACGACCAAGAAGAGCUGCAGCACUUAAUCACUGAGCAGGAAGAGAAACAGAGAGAACAGCAGCUUGGAAGCAGGGAGAAUCACUGGAUCAACUCCCCGACACCCAAUUACCCGCUUCCCUACAAUGCCUAUGGUACCAGCAGCAACAGAUGGAUGAACAGAUAAAAAAGGACAGCUAAUUCCACAGAGAUGCUAUCACUGUUGGGUGAAAGUCUCUGCAUUCAUCUUUCAAUGAGAAUAGCUUUGAUGUUUAUGGCUAGGGUGGAGAGCAAACUGAAUGCCAACUUCCAAAACAUGCUAUGUCAAACAAUGUUAUCUAAUGGUUAGAGCCAAGGAUUGCAAUCAGGUCUCACGGGUUCUACUCCCAACUUUGCUACUGACUCAUAAUGUGAAUCCAGGCAAAUCACUUGAUCUCCCCAUGCGUCAAUGUAACCAUCUCUCAGGGGUGUCGAGUGGUUUCACUUAUUAACGUUUGUGAGGGUGCUUUGAGACCCUCCGAUGAAAGAUCCUAUGGAAGUGAAUUUAUUAAUGUCACUGAGUUGAGUUGAACCUUUUCCUGUAAAACUUUUAGCACUAUUGCACACAUGAAGGGUGAGUUUUCUGCUUUGCCGAUGGAUCACUUUAUGAUCCAAGCUUGUUUUGUUGUAGGGCUGCACUGGAAUGAUGGGCAUGCUGUCAGGUACACAGAGCCAAAUUCAUUGCUGGGGUAACCAGGCAUCAAUCCACUGAAGUCAAGAGUUGCAGCUAUUUACUCCAUCAGUAGGUUUGGCCCACAACUUGCUUUCAGGGUGUUUAGAAAACAACCAACCACCAUGUUUCAGUAAGAGGACGUGUGAUAGCUUUUGAAACUCCUUCCUAGGAGCUCUUUCCGACUGCUGGGACUUCAUCUCCUUGGUCUCUGGUUUUCCUAUUAUUACCGGUGUGAUAAAUCCCAUUCAUUAUCUCUUCAGUUGUUGGACACUGAGGGCCAAUACAGGGCCAGGAUCUCUCAAAACAGAUACAGCUACUGCCCAGUACCACUCUCCAUUUUACUCCACACACAGCACAGCAGAUAUACGGACUUCACUUGCUGUCCUAGUCAUUGUCAGUUCAGAUUGACCUUACACUACAGAUGUGUCUAUCAGAGCCUGGAUGGGGCAUCUACCCAUCUCAGAAGAAGGAAGCUUGGACUGCAGAGAGCCAGUUAGGGGUUGGGGGAAGGAUGCUGGAGGAUUUUCACAUCCACAGCUCUCUGAGGUCCAUAUUCUGCAAUGACAGAACAGUUGCAAUCACAUUGCCGUCACUUUCUUCAGCAAGCAGACCCAUGCCUCUCACAAACGUGCCACAGAGUCACAGAAACCGGAGAUGGAAAAGGCCCAUUAGCCCACCUUUUCCACUCCCCCAGCCUUUGCGAAUGCACAUUCCCUAAUACUUGGUGAAGCCCUGUUUUAAAUGACUCAGGCAAAGGGCUUCCACUGCUUGCUUGGGGCUGGAUUGCACAAUCCCUUGGCUUCAAUAGGCCUGUUCGUAUAAGUAAAUGCUCACCAGCAUGUGUAAGGGUUGCAUUAUCCAUUGCCUUGGGGAGGAGCCUACUAAUGGACCUUACAGUCAGGAAACUUUUCCUCUUGUCCAGAUUACAUUUUCUUGUGACCUGUUUCUUCCUAUUCCUCCUCACUGGACCACCCCAAAGAAGUCCUUUGUUUCCUGGGUGUCUCCACCCUUCAAAGCUCAGAACCCCGUGGAAAAUUCAUGAUCUUGGGCUCCUCACCUGUGUCCAAUACAUGAACUGUGCAAAAUCUUUUCUGAGCUGUGCUUUCUUUUAUAACUGUAACUCUGAAGAUUUGAUCACAAAGGCCAACAUCAAAUCCAGUCUACAACGAAGGCUCCACACACAUUCUCAACUGCGGUAACUCGGUGUAGUUUCAUUAGCUUCUUUCCCCAUCUCCCCCACAAUGUUUGUGUUGCUGUUGUUGAGUGUUUUGACCCCAAUUGCAUAACGAUGACAAUGUGACAAGUAACAGCUUGGGGUGUCUGUGCCAUGGUUAAUGUGGAGUACAGGAAGAGGUCGAGGUGUUAUCAUUUGCCCGUCUUGUCUGACAUUUAAAUAAGAUUGGAAAGCCGACAGUUCACUCAAACAAGAAAUUGUUGAGCCCCCCCAAGGAUAAAGUGACAUUUCUGGGGGCAGAGUAAGGGAAGCUUGCAGUGUCGCAGGCUGUGCAGCUUUUGGGGUGUGGAUAAACAGAGGGUGUAGAUGGCAGAAGUUGUCAGCCCAGCAACUCAAAAUUCACAGAUUUUUUUUUUUUAACACACAGUUAGGGCCAUGUUCUGCCACAGCUCUGGCAGUGCAAAGGGGCUUUAAAAUGAACGGAAAUGUAAUAAAGUGGGAGAGAUUGGAGUUGGUUCUCACCCCUUUUACAUUGCCAAGGUGGUGUGACGUAGUGGUUAGUGCAAAUGAGAACCAGGCCCAACGCUAUUUAAAAACUUUUAAAAAUCCAGGCGUGAACAAUGGUUGUAUUCAGACGUAGAGGACCUGACCCUUCAGUUACUUACGGAGGUGACUAACUUUAAGCAACUGAGCAGUCCCACUGACUUAAAUGGACUACUCAUGUGUUUAAAGUUAGGCAUGGGAAAAAUACUUUGCUGAGUUGCCGCCUCAGAGUUUUCCUGAGUAAGGAUUGCGGGAUAAGGAAUGAAGUACCCUGCAAUGUUUAUGAUGCUAAAUAAGAUUAAGGGGAAAAUAGCAUGGAAUAUUUUAUAGAAACCUUGCCCUAAAAUGUAACCAGCCCUUGUUUAUUAUUUGUUCUGUUUCAUUGCUAAAGACAGGCUACUAGUUUUAUGUAUUGACUUAAAACCCAGACAUAAUUUCCAUCCAUCCAUCUGUCCAAGAAUGUAUAGGACCCUCACUAUUAUAGUAUCAGAAAUAUUUAAAACCUACAUGAUUGAUUUUUGUCUUUCACUAAAAAAGUCCUGUAAAUAGCCGGCUUGGAGUCUCAACAUUAUCUGUGAUCUGCAAUCCGUUUUUAGACAACAAGUUGUUCAAAAUAUUUCUAAUAAUUCAGUUUAUCGUUGGUUCUGGGUGCUGGGAUGUUUUGAGUGUGACAAAAUGGUAGAUAACUUGAGAGAUCUUUAACUCAACAUGAGCAUAAAAAUGAGAUUUAUUAUACAUUGGGAAUUCCUGUUCUUGAUCUUUGCUGUGGUCUAAUUAAUUCCUGGCAUAACGUCAAUGAAAUCAGUGGAGUCUGGGUAGGA